AUGCCAGAUCCUACUCUCCUCAAAGCUGCCGGAUACGGCUCCCUUCUUGUUGCCAUAAAGCAUGCGGCUUCCGGGAAACAAUUCCAGCGUCUCCGCCAAUUUCAGGAACUGCCAAAUAUCGCAUACACAUGCAGUACAGUUGGAUGGUAUCAAGGCAGUGCCUACUUGGUUCUAACUGCUCUCCUUAAUCUCCAUUGGGCACAAAACCCCAAAGCUUUGGAAGAACCACUAAACCGUGCCAUGGCUGCCCUGAUUACCCUCAUUGCCUGGUCCAGCUCUGCUUGGUAUCUUCGCCGAGGAGUAAAGGCGAGUGGAAUUCUCACGGCGACUGCUGGUUUAUUCCAGGCCUGGGCAGCCCUACACUGA